AUGCUGUUCUGGCACACGCAGCCCGAGCACUACAACCAGCACAGCUCCGGCAGCUACCUGCGUGAUGUGCUCGCGCUGCCCAUCUUCAAGCAGGAGGAGCCCCAGCUGUCCCCAGAGAACGAGGCCCGCCUGCCGCCCUUGCAGUACGUGCUGUGUGCUGCCACGUCCCCGGCCGUGAAGCUGCACGAAGAGACGCUGACCUACCUUAACCAAGGUCAGUCUUAUGAAAUUCGACUGUUGGAGAAUCGGAAGCUGGGAGAUUUUCAAGAUCUGAACACAAAAUACGUCAAGAGCAUCAUCCGCGUAGUUUUCCACGACCGCCGGCUGCAGUACACAGAGCACCAGCAGCUGGAGGGCUGGCGCUGGAGCCGGCCGGGAGACCGCAUCCUGGACAUUGAUAUUCCACUGUCUGUUGGUAUCUUGGACCCCAGGGCCAGCCCGACCCAGCUGAACGCAGUUGAGUUUUUGUGGGACCCUGCAAAGAGAGCUUCAGCGUUCAUUCAGGUGCACUGUAUCAGCACGGAGUUCACCCCGCGGAAGCACGGGGGUGAGAAGGGCGUGCCUUUCCGGGUGCAGAUUGACACGUUUAAGCAGAAUGAGAAUGGGGAGUACACGGAGCACUUGCACUCAGCCAGCUGCCAGAUCAAGGUGUUCAAGCCAAAGGGAGCUGACCGCAAGCAGAAGACUGACCGGGAGAAGAUGGAGAAGAGGACUGCCCAAGAGAAGGAGAAGUACCAGCCGUCCUACGAGACCACUAUCCUCACAGAGUGCUCUCCGUGGCCCGACACAGCCUACCAGGUGAACAGCGCCCCCUCCCCAAGCUACAAUGGCUCUCCAAACAGCUUCAGCCUUGGUGAAGGCAACAGCUCCCCAACCCACCCGGUGGAGGCCCUGCCCCUGGGCAGUGACCACCUGCUCCCGUCAGCCUCCAUCCAGGAUGCCCAGCAGUGGCUGCACCGCAAUAGGUUCUCACAGUUCUGCCGGCUCUUUGCCAGCUUCUCAGGAGCCGACUUGCUGAAGAUGUCCCGAGAUGAUCUCGUCCAGAUCUGUGGUCCUGCAGACGGGAUCCGGCUCUUCAAUGCCAUCAAAGGCAGGAACGUGAGGCCGAAGAUGACCAUUUAUGUCUGCCAGGAGCUAGAGCAGAGCCGGGUGCCCCUACAGCAGAAGCGAGAGGCCGGUGGGGACAGCAGCCUGUGCGUGUACCACGCCAUCUUCUUGGAGGAGCUGACCACCUUGGAGCUGAUUGAGAAGAUCGCCAAUCUGUACAGCAUCUCCCCCCAGCACAUCCACCGUGUGUACCGGCAGGGCCCCACGGGCAUCCACGUGGUAGUGAGCAACGAGAUGGUGCAGAAUUUCCAAGAUGAAUCUUGUUUUACCCUCAGCACACUAAAAGCUGAGAGCAAUGACGGCUACCAUGUCAUCCUGAAAUGUGGGCUCUGAGUGAAAGUAGGUCAUGCACCUGCCUCCCAGUGCCCAGCCCCACAGACGCCUUUGGAUGUAAGCUGCAGCCUCACUGGCCACCUGGAGCUGGGAAGGACCCUGCACUGCACAGGCGAUGGAAGCCACAGACCGUCAACCAGCAGAAGCCCAUGGACACGAAGUCUGGUGUGCAGAAAGCCAGUGGGUCUUUUCCCCCGGCUCCUGGCCUCCAGCUUUUGGACAGUUUCUUGUUCUUUUUCCUAGCCCUCAUAUUCUAAAGGGACACAGUGGGGCCUCCGGCCUCUUAGUUGAAGGCUCACUGGGUAUCUCUCUUGGUACCACCUCGUUGGUCCCUUCUGAUUGCUCACUGGCCCUGCAGAAGGCUUCGCCUCAUCCCAUCCCUUUACCCUGUCUCUGGUGGCUGGCUCCGAGACCAGCCCCGCGGACUCGAUGGAGGCGAUUUGCCCUAUCCUGCUGUUUGUUUCCCUUCUCAGUGAGCUGUUCUGGUCUUGGAUGAUGGGAUGGGCGUGCGUUAUCCUGUGCCUUCUGCUCCUUCGCUUCUCCCUCGUUUCGAAGGAUCUGCUGCUGCAAGCCCAGAGCUGCACUCAUCUCCAUCUCUGUAUUGGCGUGGUGGGCACCCUGGUGUACAUGUACGACUUGCCACACAGCUGGGUGUUCUAAAGCCUGCUGGAGGGGUGGAAAAAGCCCAUUUGCCUGG